UUGCUGGUACUUGAUGGCAUAUAUCGCAUUAGAGGAUGUGCCUCUGAAGUUGUGGCUUUUGUGGUUAGGGCUUAUGAUGGUGUCACUUGUAUGUAUGGACAGAGUAGGCAAUGGGGUUUGUAGCAAGGGCAGGUUCCUUGGUAAGCAUAUGAGGUGUGAUGAUGUUGGCUGCUGGAAAGGAUUUGCUUCAGGUUGAGGGGGUUGUCCCAAAUGAGUCACACCUGAUUUUGGGGUAGAAUUACCUUAACAGGCACAUCAGGUUUCCCCUCCCUACGCCUCAUGGGAGAGCCCUACUGUGCUGAGGCUAUAUUGCAAAUUCUGGCUCUGAAGAGUGGUUUCCUCUGCUUCUUGUUGUCUUCCUUCUGCUACAAGACGUCAUCUUUGGAACGGAUGGAGGAUGAGGACGAGGAGGAUGAAGACGAUGACGAUGACAACUUGGACCUCUUUGGGGGUUAUGACAGCUUCCGGGGUUACAACAGCAGCAUGGGCAGUGACAGCAGCUCCUGCCUGGAUGAAUCUAGUGAUGAUGAUGUGGCUGAUCGUGAAGCUGGGGAGCUGCCCACCUCCCCUCUGCAGCUACAUCCGCCCACCACAGGCCGAUUGAUGGAGGACAGUGGCUCUGAGCCAGCUGUGUGUGAAAUGUGUGGGAUCGUGGGCACAAGGGAAGCAUUCUUCUCAAAGACCAAACGCUUCUGCAGUGUCUCCUGCUCCAGGAGCUACUCUUCAAACUCCAAGAAAGCCAGCAUCCUCGCAAGACUGCAGGGCAAACCGCCUACAAAGAAGGCUAAAGUCCUGCACAAGGCAGCAUGGUCUGCCAAAAUUGGGGCAUUCCUCCAUUCCCAGGGGACAGGGCAACUGGCAGAUGGAACCCUGACAGGUCAAGAUGCCCUUGUCCUGGGCUUUGACUGGGGAAAAUACCUGCAGGACCAUGGUUACAAGGCUGCCCCUGUCAGUUGCUUCAAACAUGUGCCGCUGUUUGAGCAAUGGGAGGAUGUGAUAAAAGGGAUGAAGGUGGAGGUGUUGAAUAGUGAUGCUGUACUCCCCAGCCGGGUGUACUGGAUCGCCUCUGUCAUCCAGAUUGCAGGAUACAGGGCGCUAUUGCGAUAUGAGGGCUUUGAGAAUGAUUCCAGCCAUGACUUCUGGUGCAACCUGGGCACAGUGGACAUUCAUCCCAUUGGCUGGUGUGCUAUCAACAGCAAAAUCCUGGUGCCCCCACAGACCAUCCACGCCAAGUACACAGACUGGAGGGGGUACCUCAUGAAAAGGCUAGUGGGAGCCAGGACCAUCCCUGUGGAUUUCCACAUCAAGAUGGCAGAGAAUAUGAAGUACCCAUUCCGUCAGGGCAUGCGGGUGGAGGUGGUGGACAAGAACCAUGUAUCUCGGACGCGUAUGGCAGUAGUGGACACAGUCAUUGGGGGCCGGCUGAGGCUCCUCUAUGAGGAUGGUGAUAGCGAUGAUGACUUCUGGUGCCAUAUGUGGAGCACUCUGAUCCAUCCAGUGGGCUGGUCACGAAGGGUGGGCCACAACAUCAAGAAGACAGAGGAGAAGCGCAGCGACAUGGCGAACCAUCCCACCUUCCGGAAGAUCUACUGUGACGCUGUCCCAUACCUCUUCAAAAAGGUGCGGUCUGUCUUUGCUGAGGGCGGCUGGUUCGAGGCAGGCAUGAAAUUGGAAGCUAUUGAUCCCCUAAAUCUGGGCAACAUCUGUGUGGCCACUGUGUGCAAGGUCUUGCUGGACGGCUAUCUCAUGAUCAGCAUUGAUGGAGCAACAUCUGCAGAUGGUUCUGAUUGGUUCUGUUACCAUGCCUCUUCUCACGCCAUCUUCCCUGUCAACUUCUGCCAGAAAAACAACAUUGACCUGACCCCACCGAAAGGGUACGAUGCAAAGAAUUUCAAUUGGACAAAUUACCUGGAAAAGACCAAAUCAAAAGCUGUGCCAGUGCGGCUCUUCAACAUGGACUGCCCAAACCAUGGCUUCAAGGCUGGCAUGAAGCUGGAAGCAGUGGACUUGAUGGAGCCCCGACUCAUCUGCGUGGCCACGGUGAAGCGUGUGGUCCACCGUCUCCUGAGCAUCCACUUUGAUGGCUGGGACAGCGAGUAUGACCAGUGGGUGGACUGUGAGUCCCCAGAUAUCUAUGCUGUAGGCUGGUGUGAGCUGACGGGCUACCAGCUGCAGCCGCCAGUGGCCCCAGAGCCCACAACACCAGUGAAGGUCAAGGAGGUGCCGAAGAAGAAGAAGAAGCCCUAUGGAAAGAAAAGGAAAAAGAUGUCUGUCAAAACUCGGUCUCUCAAGCAGACAGUCAAGAAACCAGCUGGCCCAAAAGCAAAGCGAGAAGCAAAAGCUGCAAGCAAGGCCUUACCGGAGCCAGCACCUGAGGAGAUUAUCACUGUGCAAGUGAAAGAGGAAACAAUUGACCCGUCAGCAGGAGAAUUCGGAGACCCAGAGCUUCCCAUCCUGAUAAGCAGCAUAAAGCAGGAGAUAGAAGACUAAUCUCUGAUCCUUCGGGAUGUGCCCUGCAUUCUGAAACUCUCUGGGCAAGCCCCGAGCAGAGGUGAGCAGGAGACAAGCAGGGGCGUCGUUCCUUCGGAUGUUCCUAAAAUGUCACAAAACUCCAUUUUAUCUUUGCAAAAGAGCAAUCCCCAGGGCCUGCAAGCACCAUUUGGGGAUUUUUUUUAAAACCCCACGUCACAGCUUCCAGAAAAGGCAUCAGACUUUGAAAGAAAUACAGCUCAUACUUAGCUGAGGAUGGAUUAUUGAGUCUGGGGAAUCCUGUUAGCUCACAGAUGUGACUUUGUGAGCUCUGUAGGAAGUUGCUGCUGUACUGUAGAGAAUGCUAGCACUUCAAACUUACGUGACCUGAGAAGCCCUGAAGCUGCAGAACCACAAUUGCCCUGAGCAGUCUCAGGGGGAACGAGUCAGUCAGGAACAUGGCUGAACGUCCACUAGGUCAACAUCCAUGAUGUGCUCAAUCCUUUCUCUCAUCCUGUCUGGGACAUGGAUCCAAAGGAGGACGGUAGAGAGCCACUGGGAAAUGGAGGAGAUAGAAAACAAGUUGCAGGAGCGACUAUCUCUUUUGGUUUUAUUCAUAAAUUAUUCUUUUUACCUGAUGUGAGAGGGGCUAAAUCUUAUCCAUCUUGGAAGAAGGCAGCAGGGUAUUUGUUAGCUCUUAUUCCCCUUCUAAGACCCACAGUGCUGCUGGAUUAUUAUGAUUUUUUUUAUAAUCCCAGAGGAACUUCCACCAAUGAAAUAUACCAUAAUGAAAUGUCAAUAAAAUGUAAUAGAAAGUCAAA